AUGGGCGACUGGAGCUUCCUGGGGAACAUCUUGGAGGAGGUGAACGAGCACUCCACGGUCAUCGGCAGGGUGUGGCUCACGGUGCUGUUCAUCUUCCGGAUCCUGAUCCUGGGCACUGCGGCCGAGUUCGUGUGGGGGGACGAGCAGUCGGACUUCGUGUGCAACACCCAGCAGCCCGGCUGCGAGAACGUGUGCUACGACGAGGCCUUCCCCAUCUCGCACAUCCGCCUGUGGGUGCUGCAGAUCAUCUUCGUGUCCACGCCGUCGCUCGUGUACGUGGGCCACGCCGUGCACCACGUCCGCAUGGAGGAGAAACGCAAGGAGCGCGAGGCCGAGGAGCUGUGCCAGCAGGCCGUGGCCGAAGGCGGCGACAGGGCGCCGCUGGCCGCCGACCAGGGCAGCGUCAAGAAGGGCAGCAACAGCAGCAAAGGCACCAAGAAGUUCCGGCUGGAGGGGACCCUGCUGAGGACCUACAUCUGCCACAUCAUCUUCAAGACCCUCUUCGAGGUGGGCUUCAUCGUAGGCCACUACUUCCUCUACGGGUUCCGGAUUCUGCCCCUGUACCGCUGCAGCAGGUGGCCCUGCCCCAACGUGGUGGACUGCUUCGUGUCCCGGCCCACCGAGAAGACCAUCUUCAUCCUGUUCAUGCUGUCUGUGGCCUCCGUGUCCCUCUUCCUCAACAUUCUGGAGAUGAGCCACCUGGGCCUGAAGAGAAUCCGGUCGGCCUUCAAGAGGCCGGUGGAGCAGCCCCUGGGGGAGAUCCCCGAGAAGUCCCUCCACUCCAUCGCGGUCUCCUCCAUCCAGAAAGCCAAGGGCUACCAGCUGCUGGAAGAGGAGAAAAUCGUGUCCCACUAUUUCCCGCUGACCGAGGUCGGGAUGGUGGAGACCAGCCCGCUCUCUGCCAAGCCUUUCGGUCAGUUUGAGGAGAAGAUGGGCACAGGGCCCCUUGGGGACCUGUCCCGGGCUUACCAAGAGACCCUGCCUUCCUAUGCUCAGGUGGGAGCCCAGGAGGGAGAGGGGGAGGAGCAGCCCGUGGAGGAGGGGGCGGAACCAGAGGUGGGAGACAAGACGCAGGAAGCUGAGAGAGUGAGCAGCGAAGGGCAGGAGACCCUGGCGGUGCUGGAGGGGGAGAAAGUGGAGACUCCCGAGGUCGAGAAGGAGGGGGAGAAGGAAGAGGUGCAGGUUGAGAAGGCCGCCAAGCAAGAGCUGCCUGCGGAGAAGUCGCCUUCGCUGUGUCCAGACCCGACCAGGGAUGACACCAGACCCCUGAGCAGGCUGAGCAAAGCCAGCAGCCGGGCCAGGUCUGACGAUCUAACCGUAUGA